AUGGCGGGGGCUGGAGCUGGGGAAGGUUCCCCCAAACCCCCCUUUUACCCCUGGGAUGUGUAUGGUAACAUCAUCUGUUUCCCCAAAUGGAUCCGAAUUAAGAAGUGGGAGUGGGUGAAAAAGGCCAAGUUCGACGGGCCCCAAGGUGUCAUUUGGCAAGUGGGGGUGAGGGGGAGCGUGCACAGGCCCCUCCGGACCAUCCGGCAGUCCAAUGAGGAGGGCCCUGGGGAAUGGCUCACGCUUGACUCCCAGGUCAUCAUGACCGACAACGAGAUUUCAGGCACCAAGGACCCCACUUUCCACCGAAUCCUCCUUGAUACCCGCUUCGAGCUGCCGCUGGAUAUCCCCGAGGAGGAGGCCAGGUAUUGGGCCAAGAAGCUGGAGCAGCUCAAUGCCAUGCGGGACCAGGACGAUUAUGCCUUCCAGGAGGAACAGGAAAAGCCUCUGCCCGUCCACAGCUCCCAGUGCUGCAACUGGAAUUAUUUUGGCUGGGGAGAACAGCAGAAUGAUGACCCCGACAGCAUGGUGGACGACCGGGACAGCGAUUACCGCAGUGAGACCAGCAACAGCAUCCCGCCGCCGUACUACACCACCUCCCAGCCCAACGCCUCCGUCCACCAGUACCCCAUGAGGCACCAGCAGCAGAGCUCCCGUGACUCCUACACCGACUCCAUGCAGAGCUAUGAGAUGGACUACUCGGACCAGCGUCCCAUCAGCCCCACGGGGAGCAGCCGCUACGCCUCGUCGGCCGAGCUGAGCCAGGGCAGCUCCCAGCUGAGCGAAGACUUCGAGAAUGAGAGCCUGCGGGACUCGGAGCUGGACGAGCGGGACGGCGACUCCUACCACUCCUGCCACAGCUCCGUCAGCUACCGCAAGGACUCGCCCCGCUGGGAGGAGGAGGACGAUGACCUCUAUCUGGAGGAGGAGGAAGAGGAGGAGGAAGAGUUCAAUGAGGACUACAGUGAGAAUGAGGAAGGCUACCCCAAGGAGGAGGAGGAGGACCUGCGGCAGCAGGGCACCUACGAACCCCCCGAGCACGAUGCCUACCCCCCACCACAGAAAGCCCCCGGGCAGCAGCAGCAACAGCUCCCACAGCAGCAGCCGCCCCCCCAGCAGCCCCAGCUGGUUCCGCAGCUUAAGCCGCAGCAGCAAGCGGACGAAGCUCCCCUGCAAGAGGCGGCCCCCGAGCCCGAGCCCCUGCAACUGGCUGAGAGGGAGCAGGCAGAGGCGGAGGUGCAGGACCCCAAAGCCCCAGCCAAAUUGUCCACCACCAUGGCCCUUGCGCCUGCGUCUCCCCUUCCUGCAGGGAAGGGGUGUAGCCUGCCUGCAGGGAUUGCCCCGCCAGGGAGGUUUCUUUCCCCUCUUCCCCCCCCAAAAUACUCCCCUCCCUGCGAGGGAGGUGGCACCGCGGGCGGUCCCUGCACACACCCCAUCCCUGCUGUGCUCUGCCUUUGCCUCACGCUGGCUCGGAAGGCGAUAGAAGCUAAAUCCCUGUGGUUCAAAGGCGGGCCUGGUGGCGGGCUGAUCAUUAUAGACAGCAUGCCGGACAUACGCAAGCGAAAGCCCAUCCCCCUAGUUAGUGAUUUGGCAAUGUCCCUGGUCCAGUCCAGGAAAGCAGGAAUCACAUCCGCGCUGGCCUCGAGCACCUUGAACAACGAGGAGCUGAAAAACCAUGUUUACAAGAAGACCCUGCAAGCCUUAGUGUACCCCAUCUCCUGCACAACGCCCCACAACUUUGAGGUGUGGACGGCCACCACCCCCACCUACUGCUACGAGUGUGAGGGGCUGCUCUGGGGCAUCGCUCGCCAGGGCAUGCGCUGCGCCGAGUGCGGCGUCAAGUGCCACGAGAAGUGCCAGGACCUGCUCAAUGCCGACUGCCUGCAGAGGGCAGCGGAGAAGAGCUCCAAGCACGGAGCGGAGGACCGGACCCAGAAUAUCAUCAUGGUGCUCAAGGAUCGCAUGAAGAUCCGGGAGCGCAACAAGCCAGAGAUAUUUGAGCUGAUCCAGGAGGUGUUUGGGGUCACCAAGACCACGCACACGCAGCAGAUGAAGGCAGUGAAGCAGAGCGUCCUGGACGGCACCUCCAAAUGGUCAGCCAAGAUCAGCAUCACGGUCGUUUGUGCCCAGGGCCUGCAAGCAAAGGAUAAGACCGGCUCCAGUGACCCCUAUGUCACUGUCCAAGUCGGAAAGACGAAAAAAAGGACUAAAACGAUCUACGGCAAUCUCAACCCCGUCUGGGAGGAGAAUUUCCAUUUCGAGUGCCAUAACUCCUCCGACCGCAUCAAGGUCCGUGUCUGGGAUGAAGAUGAUGACAUUAAGUCCCGCGUCAAGCAGCGCUUCAAGAGGGAGUCCGACGACUUCCUGGGCCAGACGAUCAUCGAGGUCCGGACCCUGAGCGGGGAGAUGGACGUCUGGUACAACCUCGACAAGCGCACAGACAAGUCGGCUGUCUCAGGGGCCAUCCGGCUGCACAUCAGUGUGGAGAUCAAAGGCGAGGAGAAGGUGGCUCCCUACCACGUCCAGUACACCUGCCUGCAUGAGAACCUGUUCCACUUUGUGACGGAUUUGCAAAACAACGGGGUGGUCAAGAUCCCCGACGCCAAGGGGGAUGAUGCCUGGAAGGUGUACUUUGAUGAGACGGCACAGGAGAUUGUGGAUGAGUUCGCCAUGCGCUAUGGGGUGGAGUCCAUCUACCAGGCCAUGACGCAUUUUGCCUGUCUUUCCUCCAAAUACAUGUGCCCGGGGGUGCCGGCGGUGAUGAGCACCCUGCUAGCCAACAUCAACGCCUACUACGCCCACACCACGGCUUCCACCAACGUCUCCGCCUCCGACCGCUUUGCCGCUUCCAAUUUCGGGAAGGAGCGGUUUGUCAAGCUCCUCGACCAGCUCCACAACUCGCUGCGGAUUGACCUUUCCAUGUACCGGAACAACUUCCCUGCCAGCAGUCCCGAACGGCUGCAGGAUCUCAAGUCGACGGUGGAUUUGCUGACCAGCAUCACCUUCUUUCGGAUGAAGACCAAGAAAGGCGAGGUCCCCCCCGAGGAGCAGGGCCCCAGCAUCAAAAACCUGGACUUCUGGUCCAAGCUCAUCACCCUGAUAGUCUCCAUUAUCGAGGAGGACAAGAACUCCUACACGCCCUGCCUGAACCAGUUCCCCCAAGAGCUGAACGUGGGGAAGAUCAGUGCCGAGGUGAUGUGGAACCUCUUUGCUCAGGACAUGAAGUAUGCGAUGGAGGAGCACGACAAGCACCGCCUGUGCAAGAGCGCUGACUACAUGAACCUGCACUUCAAGGUGAAGUGGCUGUACAACGAGUACGUCACCGAGCUGCCCGCCUUCAAGAGCCGCGUCCCCGAGUACCCCGCCUGGUUUGAGCCCUUCGUUAUCCAGUGGCUGGAUGAAAACGAAGAGGUGUCACGGGAUUUCCUGCAUGGAGCGCUGGAGCGGGACAAGAAGGAUGGGUUCCAGCAGACCUCAGAGCAUGCACUCUUCUCUUGCUCCGUGGUGGAUGUCUUCUCCCAGCUCAACCAGAGCUUCGAGAUCAUCAAGAAGCUUGAGUGCCCCGACCCCCAGAUUGUUGGGCACUACAUGCGAAGGUUUGCCAAGACCAUCAGCAAUGUGCUGCUCCAGUAUGCCGAGAUCAUCUCCAAGGAUUUCGCCUCGUACUGCUCCAAGGAGAAGGAGAAAGUGCCCUGCAUCCUGAUGAACAACAUCCAGCAGCUCCGUGUCCAGCUCGAGAAGAUGUUUGAAGCCAUGGGUGGGAAGGAGCUGGACACAGAAGCCAGCAAUAUCCUCAAGGAACUGCAGGUGAAGCUCAACAAUGUCCUGGAUGAGCUGAGCCGAGUCUUUGCCACCAGUUUCCAGCCACACAUUGAGGAGUGCGUGAAGCAGAUGGGCGACAUCCUGGGCCAGGUGAAGGGCACCGGCAACGUCCCUGCCAGCACCUGCAGCAGCGUUGCGCAGGAUGCUGACAAUGUCCUGCAGCCCAUCAUGGACCUCCUGGACAGCAAUCUGACGCUCUUUGCCAAGAUCUGCGAGAAGACGGUGCUGAAGCGGGUGCUGAAGGAGCUCUGGAAGCUGGUGAUGAACACAAUGGAGAAGACCAUCGUCCUGCCCCCGCUCACGGACCAGACGAUGAUAGGCACGCUCUUGAGAAAACAUGGCAAGGGGACAGAGAAGAGCAGGGUGAAGCUGCCCAGUCACACUGAAGGCACGCAGAUGAUUUUCAACGCAGCGAAGGAGCUGGGGCAGCUCUCCAAGCUGAAGGACCACAUGGUGCGGGAGGAGGCCAAGAGUCUGACCCCAAAGCAAUGUGCAGUGGUGGAGCUGGCACUGGACACCAUCAAGCAAUACUUCCAUGCUGGUGGCGUGGGGCUGAAGAAGACAUUCCUGGAGAAGAGCCCCGACCUGCAGUCGCUGCGCUACGCCCUGUCUCUCUACACCCAGGCCACCGACCUCCUCAUCAAAACCUUUGUGCAGACCCAGUCUUCGCAGGUUCAUGGUGGGAAAGGUAUUAGGUUUACACUUAGUGAAGAAAUUUAUCCUGAGAAGGGCUCUGGAGUGGAUGACCCUGUUGGGGAGGUGUCCAUCCAUGUGGAGCUCUUCACUCACCCUGGCACUGGUGAACAUAAAGUCACUGUCAAAGUGGUGGCUGCCAAUGACCUCAAGUGGCAGACGUCAGGCAUCUUCCGGCCCUUCAUCGAGGUCAACAUCAUUGGGCCUCACCUCAGUGACAAGAAGAGGAAAUUUGCUACCAAAUCUAAGAACAACAGCUGGGCCCCCAAGUACAACGAGAGUUUCCAGUUCACGCUGGGGACAGAGACGGGCCCCGAGUGCUACGAGCUGCAGGUAUGUGUGAAGGAUUACUGCUUUGCCCGGGAGGACCGGACGGUGGGCAUCGCCGUUCUGCAGCUCCGCGACAUCCUGCAGCGACCUGGCUGUGCCUGCUGGCUGCCCCCCGGCCGCCGCACCCCCACGGGGGAGCAGGUAGAGAAUUCAGGAGUGAACCUGAGCCCAGGAAGAAGGGAGCGGUAG